AUGUAUCGUUUACCCAACAAUACUAUACCAUUUUCCUAUAACAUUUCUCUAAUAUUGAAUUUUGAAGAAGACAACGUUACUUUUCACGGUGAAUCCAAUGUUAAAAUCGAAAUUCGUCAUACAUCGAUAAAUAAUAUAAAUUUGCAUUCAAAAAAAUUAGAAAUCAAUGAAACGGCGACAACCUUGAUUAAUGACAAUAAUACAGUUUAUAAACCGAUAGAACAUUCCUAUAAUAAUGUAACGGAUAUUUUGACACUUAAUUUCGAAAAUGCAUUAGCACCCGGUUUUUAUAUUCUUAAUAUGAAAUUUGCCGGUGUUAUACCUGAGGGUAGUUUUGACAAAAGUGGUUUGAUGACAUUUUCGUAUACAAAUAAGGGAAAAAGUAAUAGAAUGAUCGCAACGUAUUCGGAGCCGACAGGAACUAGACAAAUAUUUCCAUGUUGGGACGAACCAGCGUUCAAAGCCACCUUUAAUAUUUCUGUAAUGCAUCAUAAAAAAUAUACGGUAUUGUCAAAUAUGCCGCAAGUACGACAGCAGUUGGUUGAAGAAUAUGAUAUGAUGCGGACAUACUUUGACACCUCUCCAAUAAUGUCUACUUAUCUCUUGGCGAUUAUCGUAAUCCCUUCAUCUGAUUAUGUCCGCAUUCCCAUCAAGAAUGAAACCAUCAAUAUAUGGUGCAGAUCAUCUUUGAAAUCGCAAGUAACAUUCAUGCAAGGUAUUGUUGAAAAGGUCACGCCAUUCUUGAUCCAAUAUACCAAUAAUUCUGAAAAGGUACCAAAAACGGAUCACUUUAUCUUACCGAAUUUUGCGGUUGAUGGUAUGGAAAAUUGGGGACUUAUUCUUUAUAGAGAAUCGUCAGUUAUCUACAAUGAUAACAAACAUCCAACAUAUAAGAGACAAGAUAUAACAAUGGUAAUAACACAUGAAAUUGCACAUCAAUGGUUUGGUAAUUUAGUCACUCCAUCUUGGUGGUCUUACCAUUGGUUAAAAGAAGGUCUUGCUUCGUUCCUUCAUACGUACAUCAUAGACAAGAUUUUCAAAAAUUGGCGAACAAUGAAUUUUUUUGUGGUUCAAAUGUUCCACAAUUCCUUGAUGUGGGAUAAUGGUAGUUUGAAUCCUGUCACAUUGAAACUUGAUAGUACCUUUAACAAAACGGCUAUACUUUCUUUUGUAAUUUAUUUUAAAGCGGCAAUUAUAUUGCGUAUGUUACAAAAUACAAUUACCGAAGAGGUAUUUCAAAAGGGUCUUAUCACGUAUUUGACCGCACAUGAAUAUGGAUCGACUGUUCCGGAUGAUUUGUGGAGCGCCAUGCAAAGUGCUCUAGACAAAUCUGACGUCCCGUUCGGUACUAAAGAUUACAGAAUAAAUGAAGUGAUGGACACAUGGAUGAAUCAAGACAGUUAUCCAAAGGUAAUUGUCAGGAAAAAUAACACAACUGGCGAAAUAAUAAUAUCUCAAAAAUGUAUUUACGGAGGUAGUAAUAAAUGGUGGAUACCUAUAACUUUUGCCACACAGUCCAAUCCAGAUUUCUCCAAUACUGUACCCAGAUACUGGUUACGACCAGAUCAAAAUGUAACCUUUCUAAUUGAUCCAAAUGAUUGGAUUAUUGUCAAUGUACAACAAACUGGAUAUUAUCGUGUCAAUUACGAUAUCAAGAAUUGGGAAAAAAUUUCAUCUUACUUAAAUUCUGAACAAUUUACAAAUAUACACGUUCUUAACCGUGCUCAUAUCAUCCUGGAUCUUUAUACUUAUGUGGAUGGACGAAUAAGUGGAUUCUUCUACAUUAAUCUUAUAAAAUAUUUAUCUCAAGAAGUCGAUUACGAGGCAUGGUAUCCAUUAUUGUUCCGAAUUCUACCAUUAUUGAAGAAUCUUUUUUUCCUAUCAGAGGCCGUAUAUGUCAAGAUAACCAUAAUGGAACUCCUUAGCAAUUUUCUUCAAAGAAAUAUAGGAUACUUAGAAAAUUUUGAUGACUCUCGUAUUACAAAAGUGAUAAGACUAGAAGCCAUAAAAUGGGCAUGUACCAUCGGUGACGGGUAUUGCAAGAAUUUAGCCACCAUGAAAUUAAGCCGACAUCUCGCAGAUCGUGAACUUUACAAAUUUCCACUUGGGCACAAUUUUAUGUAUUGUAUUGGUUUAAUGGCAGCCAAUAGGACUACUUGGGAUAAAAUGUUGGAAUUAUAUCAAAAGACAGAUCCAAAAAAUCUAAAAUUUAGAAGAACUUUGUUGAACAGUUUGAGCUGCAUCGAAAAUCCUGAUAUUAUCAUCAACUAUUUAAAUCUUGCAACAUACAAUACUUCGUUAUUUAAUGAAGAGGAUCAUUCUCUUAUCUUCAUGUCUGUUAUUAAUAAACAUUCGAACGAUGAUUUGAUCCUUGAUUACAUAUUGAACAAUUUUGAAGCUCUAAAACCCAAAUCACUUACUACAACUGCAAUAAUAAAAUAUAUUCUUUGGAAUAAUUUUUAUAAUGAACAAAUUGAUAAGUAUCUAGCAAAAUGGCGGCCACUGGAUACUGAUACUGAACAAAAUGAAUGGAAACGCAGUCUCAUGUGUGAAACGGAACUUACUCCUAAGGGCGGAUUCACACCUUGA